ACUAUUACUUUCAACUCGUAUAGACCAAAGUUUAAAACCAAAAAAAAACCGAAACAAGUGCUAAAUUGUCGUUUGUUGUAUCGCAUUGAAAAAUAUAUAUUUCAAAGAUAAAAGAAAAAAAAAAAAUAUCGUCGCACAUGGUGCAUAAAUUCCAAGUAAAGAGUUUCUUUGCGGUCGUUUUACGUGCGUGAAAUUCUUAAUUGUCAAUAUAGAAACGUUUGUACCACAAUAUAAUUGUAUGAAGCGAGUGUUUAGUUUCUGUGUGGUGAACGCGGUUUAUCUGGCGAUUUAUAAAAUUUUCGCAUUUUGUUUUUUGAAUUAGCCAAAAUAAAAAAAAAAGAAAUAAAAAAGUCGUAUUAAAGUGUGUCUUGUUUGAUAAAUUAAGUUAUUGACCAUCACAACAGAAGAUGAUAGACAACUAACUGUCAAGCUGUUUGAGAGAGAAAUGUUAAAAAUGUUCCAUGGACUUCUACAUAUUGAUCCUUUCGAUAGCUUAUAGAAUCUCAAUGGAAAAUAUAAAGCUAAUUGAAUUCCUUUUGCCUCAUCGAACUCAGCCAUCGAACAAAAGAGCCACUGUCAUUUUUCCUACACAAGGUGAACAUUCAGUCAUUGAAACAAAACAAAAGUGAUGCAAAGCAUAAAAUUACUAAAUCAUGACAAGCAAAUGAUAAUAAAUACAAUUUAGUUGCACAAAAAGGAUACAACCAACCAUUACAAACGAGAUGACAUCUAGCAAAAGGUGAUGCUGACAAAAUGUUUCCUUUUCAUUUUGGACGACUACAUCCUACAUUCUGGCAUCCUUUGAAACUCUGGUGAUGAUAAAUAAUAUGCAAGGACUAACUUUAUUUAUGCUAAAGGACAUUAAUUGAAUCACUGCUGUUAUAAAAUAAAAUAAUAAUUAGUCACAAGACAUUAGAAAAUAAGUAACAAAGGAUACCAUCCUCCCACCGCAUAUCCUUUGUGCACUUACACAGGAGAGUGCGUUCGACCCCUUUUUCAUUUACAAAAAGGGUUUUUACACGUAAUGAGGUCAUACUUUCGACUUAAGGCAGCACUAUUCGAACUUCAAGUGUAUCCUGUUCCUGCCUACGUUUUAUUUCUUGUUUUGAAUUUAAUUUUAAAUGUUAAUUCAGAGGUGUUUACAUUAGGAUACUUAACGGGGUCACAGAGGAAACCAGGCAAUUUGGAAUAUCAAAGACCAGGAAUCACAAUCUCCGGAGCAAUAUCUCUCGCCGUUUCCCAAGUCAAUAGUGGCAAACUAAAAAACCUUGGUCAUUCUCUAGCAUUUGUUGUUGCCGAAACAUAUGGUGAUGAAGUGUCUAGUAUCAGGCAGACAGCAUCUUUAUGGACACGUCAAGUUGCUGGUUAUAUAGGUCCGCAGGAAACUUGUGUACACGAAGGACGAAUGGCAGCUGCUUUUAAUCUACCAAUGAUUUCCUAUUAUUGCACCCAUAGGGAAACUUCAAACAAAAAGGAUUUCCCCACAUUUGCCCGAACACGUCCGCCAGACACACAGAUUUCAAAAUCUGUUGUCUCACUACUUUUAGCUUUCAAUUGGACUCAAGUGACAUUUUUGUACCUUGACAAUGUGAAAAGCUUGUACAAUCCAAUUGCUGAUACCAUCCUGAAUAUCCUGCGUAAGGCUGGUGUAAAGGUUCGUGACACUCUAACAUGGAAUACAAUCUAUCAUCAUGGCUACAUGGCGAAUCCUUUUGAUGAGUUGGUGGAAAGGACUUAUACAAACACACGAAUUUAUUUAAUCCUAAGUCAUUACUACGAGCACGUCGGACUCAUGGUGAGUUUACACAAGAAAGGACUUUUAUCGAAAGGCGAAUACUUUGUUGUGGGCAUUGAUAUUGAACAAUAUGAUCCUUCGUCACCGGACCAGUAUAUGCGUGGUUUACUCUUGGAGACAAUUGAUUCUAAAGCUGAGGAAGCAUUUCAAUCGUAUCUGGGGAUAUUUCCUACAGCUCCAACUUUAUUUGAAAAUUUUGCCAAAGAGGUAAAUAAAUACAUGGAACAGCCACCAUUCAAUUUUCCAAAUCCAUUGGGUAUCUUUGGAGGAACAAAACAGAUAAGUGCUGAAGCUGCAUAUUUAUAUGAUGCUGUACAUUUAUAUGCGAAUGGCUUAAUAAAACUCAUUGAAACUGGAGAUGAAAAACCAAAGAAUGGCACUGCAUUGAUAAGUGUCAUAAAAGGAACAAAGUACUUAAGUGCUAUGGGCUAUCAUGUGUACAUCGAUGAAAAUGGAGAUGCUUCUGGUAAUUAUACAGUCCUGGCAAGAGGAUGGGCUUAUAACAAACGAAAUACCACCGGACAUGGGCUGAUUCCAGUUGGUACAUUUGAUAGCCCGAAGGGUGAUGAUUUGCCUGAUUUCAAAUUGUAUGGCAAAAUUCCAUGGAUUGGCUCGGGACCACCGGCAGCGGAGCCCCAAUGUGGAUUCAAUGGAGAGAAAUGCAUAAGUUACACAGGUGAGAUAUCAGCAGGAAUUGCUGGCGGAGCACUCCUUCUACUCAGCAUCGUAUCGUUGGUCCUCUAUCGUAAUUGGCGUUACGAGCAGGAGCUGGAUAGUUUGCUCUGGAAAAUCGAUUUCCGCGAAGUGCAAAUUCAUGAGAAUGAAAAAGAAACGUCUAGUCAAAAACAAACUCGGUCCACCCAUCCUCUGAUAAGGACGAGUCAAGUUAGUUUAAGCUCAAAUCCGGAUGCGGAUUUCCGUUACACAACCAUAUUUACUCCCAUUGGUUUGUACAAGGGUCAAUUGUAUGCGAUUAAGAAGGUCCGCAAGAAGAGUGUUGACAUUACGCGGGAGAUGAAAAAGGAACUCAAACUGCUGCGGGAUACUCGCCAUGACAACAUUUGUGCUUUCAUUGGAGCCUGUACCGAUCCACCUAACAUCUGCAUAAUUACAGAGUAUUGUACUCGUGGUAGUUUGAAAGAUAUUCUUGAAAACGAGGACGUCAAGCUGGACAACAUGUUUAUCGCAUCAAUGGUAGCCGAUAUUAUCCGGGGUGUAAUCUAUUUACACGAAUCUCCAAUUCGGUACCAUGGUUCACUGUGUACAUCGAACUGCCUCAUUGAUUCACGCUGGGUAGUGAAAUUAAGUGAUUUCGGGUUGUUCGAUUUCAAGAAGGGUUUGGAGGAUAACUCCACCGACCUCCAGAGUAUGGCUGGCAAAUGUACAAAACUACUCUAUCGAGCUCCAGAAUUGCUACGAAGUGGACCAUGCUCUUUGGUAGCUGGCACCCAAAAAGGAGACUCCUAUUCAUUUGGCAUUGUUUUGUAUGAAAUUCACGUUCGUCAUGGGCCAUUUGGUGAAACAGGUCUCACUCCAAUGCAAUGUCUGCACAAAGUCCUUCAAGUUCAGGACUAUUUGUAUCCCUAUCGUCCAUCUCUGCAGCCAUUGGAAACCGCAUUCGAUUGUGUGCGAGAGUGUUUGCGUGAAUGUUGGAGUGAGCGACCUGAGGAGAGACCUGAUUUCAAAGCAAUUCGCACAAAAUUACGCCCGUUGCGAAAGGGUAUGAAGCCGAAUAUCUUCGAUAAUAUGAUGUCGAUGAUGGAAAAGUAUGCAAACAAUUUAGAGGCUUUGGUCGAUGAACGCACCGACCAAUUACAGGAAGAGAAGAAAAAGACUGAAGCAUUGCUGUUGGAGAUGUUGCCACGUCCGGUGGCGGAACAAUUGAAGAAAGGCAACAAAGUGGAUCCGGAAAGUUAUGAGCAUGUGUCGAUAUAUUUUAGUGAUAUUGUCGGCUUUACGACAAUGUCGGCCGAAAGUACACCACUACAGGUCGUUGAUUUUUUGAAUGACUUGUAUACGUGUUUCGAUUCGAUUAUUGGACAUUAUGAUGUGUAUAAGGUGGAGACGAUUGGAGAUGCAUAUAUGGUAGUUUCUGGUCUUCCCAUACGCAAUGGUGACUUACAUGCAGCUGAAAUAGCAACCAUGUCCUUGCAUCUACUCGAUGCAAUAGCUGAGUUCAAAAUACGUCAUCGUCCUACAAAUAAAUUACUCCUUCGAGUUGGCAUUCACACUGGUCCCGUUUGUGCUGGAGUUGUAGGCUUAAAAAUGCCUCGAUACUGUCUAUUUGGUGAUACAGUAAAUACUGCAUCUCGAAUGGAAUCGACAGGAGUACCUUUGAAAAUCCAUUGCAGUUCGCAAUGUAAGCAACUUUUAGACAAACUGGGAGGCUAUCAUUAUCAGGAACGUGGUAUCAUUUCGAUGAAGGGCAAAGGUGAACAACGUACAUAUUGGCUUUUGGGUGAGGAUGAAGAAGCUCGCAUUCGCCGAACCUAUGAACGUUCACAACGAAGAGGAUCGAGAGCCUUGAAUAAAUACAUUCAAGGGACUAUCAAACAGAAUCAUAUUAACGAUAUAGCUGCUGGUAUAAGAAGUUCAUUAAAAAAUAAAAAUAUUCCACGAAAUUCCUUAACACGCUCGUCGAGUCUGGAAUCACCAAAGAAAUUACGUUUCGCAACGGGAACACUUUUGGAAAAUCAUCGUUAUCAUAGUGAUGAAGCACUUCUCGAGGUAAUUUCGGAUUCAUUUUCAAGCCCUCGAAGGCCAAGCGGUGCUUCUAUACCUCCGGUAGGCUUUGAUGAUACCACAUUAUCCUGUCCAGCGAUAGAAGACUAUCGAACAUUUAAUAGAAACCGAAGGCCAAGUUCAUAUCCCACCGCAAAUACACCAUUAUUGAUGAAUCAUAUAGUGUGAAAGAAGCUUAAUAUAAAUUAAAUAUUUAAUUUAAAAAAAAUACAGGGGUUUCGAAACUACAAUUGUACCAACUAAGAACAUGACAAAGACCCUAUUUUUACCAAAUUUUGGUUAGAUAGCAAAAUAUAAUUCAUAGAAAAACUUUAAAUAAAUAAAAUUAAAGAAUUUAAAUCUAUUAUAAAUAAAUGUAUAUUUAUUGUUAAAAUGUGUUAAUUAAAACAAAACAAAAAAAAAAAUAAAACUGAAUAUUUU